CUUAUGGUUCCGCUGUGGAAAUGGCCUCGGCUAGUCUCCGAGCUAUAAAUGCCCAAUGAGCUGCUACUGUCUGGAGUCGACCGAGAGCAGAUAGCCCCGUCCGAGCCGCUGCCCGGGUUACUGGGAGGUUUUUGAGGGUAAUUUGGAGUGACUAGGCAGGAAAACAAUGUGGCCGGAGCCGCUGUCACCCGCACAGCUGAAGCGGCUGGAGGAGCAUAAAUACAGCGCGGCGGGUCGCUCCCUGUUCGAGCCGCCCUGCCAGGUCUACUGGAACUGGCUGGUCCAGCAGGUCCCCACAUGGGUCGCUCCCAACACCCUGACUAUUGUCGGGCUGGUGGUCAACAUCCUCACCACGGUGGUGCUCGUGUAUUAUUGUCCCACGGCAACAGAGGAGGCUCCAGCAUGGGCCUUCAUCCUGAGCGCCCUGGGCCUCUUCAUCUACCAGUCUCUGGACGCCAUCGAUGGGAAGCAGGCCCGGAGGACCAACAGCAGCUCCGCUCUGGGGGAACUCUUCGACCACGGCUGUGACGCCGUCUCCACAGUCUUUGUCGCUGUGGGAACAUGCAUCUCCUGUGGAAUAGGAAGAUACCCAGACUGGAUCUUCUUCUGUGGUUUUAUUGGGAUGUUCAUGUUCUUCUGCGCCCACUGGCAGACCUACGUCUCUGGGACGCUCCGCUUCGGCCUGAUUGACGUGACGGAGGUCCAGUUCGCCAUCAUCACCAUGUACCUGAUGUCGGCGUUGGGAGGCGUGAGCCUCUGGCAGGCCACGUUGCCCGUCAUCGGCGUGAAGCUCUACGUCUUCCCCAUCAUCGGCAUCAUCGGCGGCGCCCUCUACUCCUGCUACAACUACUUCCACGUCAUUCUGAACGGAGGCGUCGGAAAAAACGGCUCCACGGUGGCUGACACCAGUGUUCUGAGUCCGGGUUUGCACGUGGGCCUCUUCCUCACGCUGGCCUUCAUCAUCUUCAAGAAGUCGUCCAGCCAGCUGUUCGAGCAUCAUCCCUGUCUCUACCUGCUGGCCUUCGGCAUGGUCAUCUCUAAGAUCUCUAAUAAGCUGGUGGUUGCACACAUGACCAAGAGUGAGCUGCACCUCCCGGACACAGCCUUCGUCGGCCCCGGCCUCCUCUUCCUCAACCAAUACUUCAACAGCUUCAUCGAUGAGCACAUAGUCCUCUGGAUCGCCAUGGUUUUCUCUCUGGUGGAUCUAACGCGCUACUGUACGGGCGUGUGCCUUCAGAUCUCGUCCCACCUGAGGAUCCGAGUGUUCAGCAUCACGCCGGCGAGCGGCGCCCACCGCGACUGACGGCCCGCCCGGCGGGAGGAGGCGGGGGGAGGCGCAGAGCUCUCCUCGCUCCUGGAAGCAGACGAUGAGGAGGAGAAACCUUCCUCAGCCCCGAGCCACUGCAGCCUUGACAAAGUGACCACUUCUCAUUAAAACUGCCUCCAACAGAUGAAAGAUCAAACCAACUCAACACUACAAACCAAAAAAAAAAAAGGAAAAAAAAGGAAAAGUUUUGAAAAGCAUGGAUGUUUGAAUAGGAAAUCACAUGGAGCAAGAGUUUUAAUUUUGACAUGAUUGCAUGUUAAAAAAAGUUUAGACUUUUACAUCUACUUCUUGCUUAUUCAACUCAAAUACCAAAAUAUUUUCUUUGACAGGUGCUUUAUAGUUUGAGCAAAUAUCAAAUAUUUUUAUCUGCUUUAAAUUUGUGGCUUAUCUGCGAUUGUCGUAUAUUGAAGACUGAUAAAUAUACGACAAUCAUAAAUAGGUAAAUCUUUGUUAUAUGCCCAAACUAAAUGGUUUACUUGUUGAAAGUUUUUCGAAUUGAUUUGUUUUUAUUUAUUAAAUGAAUGUGACUCAAUCUGACGUGAAUCAGGGCUUGAAAAAGCAAAUUAAAAUUUUUAAAUGACCUUUAAAACCUCAAAUAAUUUCAAAUGAAGUUUGCGACGUGGACUGGCAGGUUGUCAUGACGAUGUGACGGGGUGACGGUCUGUGUUAGUGCUGAACACCUCGACAGUUUCUAUCAGCUCCUCUUAAAACACGUUCUCUUAAUGUUUUUAUCCUGUUACUCAUCUCAUCCUACAGUCUGGAAGAUCUUUAAAAAGCACCUCAGGCCUUUAGAGCUGUCGGCUGAUGAAGCACUAACACGACUGGUUCUGCUUUCUGUUCUUCUCCCUGAAGGGCUAACACUUAAUUAUUUGUGAUUGUACAGAAUUCAACUGAAAAUGCCUUAAAUAUUUUUGUUGUAAUUACUGGUUAACUUGUGAAUAUUUAAAACAGCUUUGUACGUUUUUGUUCUCUUUUUUCCACUGAAGUAUCAUAUAGUAAUAUUACUACUGUAAAACAUGGUACUGAAACUGUUCACUCAUGAAGUUUCUUCACUGAUACAAAUGUAUAUUAUUUGUAGGUGAGCAAUUAAUUUGGUUCUUGAAGAUUUGUUGGAUUAUAAGUCAUUUUGGCUCAUUCAGUUUCAAUCUAAUCAAAAGGGAUAUUUCUGUAGUGCCGCUAAACUAUAUAAGGGUGAAAGACAUUUGUGCUCCUGAACUUUAUUUGGGAAAGUAAUUAUUGGAUCAUGGGCUAGAGGGGCAUGUCUUCAGGAGAAAAAAAGAUUAUUUUGCAUAAAUUAUGAUGGACUUUGGAACUAUGCAUUGAAAUGUUCAACCUUGAUUUCAACACCAUGUUGCACUGUUCAAUAAUAACAGUAAAUCACCUUUCUACUAACAGAUACUGUACGAGUGGAAAAGAUUGUAAUAAAGAAAAUAUUUUUCAUGGGA